UUCUGAUCAUCUGUGUAAUGCAGAAGUAAAAUAUUGGUCAUAUCUUAUUAACAGAAUGUUAAUAUCUCAAGAAUGUUUUAAAUAGGUGUAUAUUAUACUUUGGAACGUAAUAAAUUUCUCUUCGAAGGAGCAAAAGUGUAUUUGCUUCAUAAUUAAAUUUCAAAUAUAGAGUUUCCUUUUUGAACAGAUCUGAAUUUAGACUUUUAAUGCAUGUGAAAAAUGCUUUGUUCACACCAUCAAGUUAUGGACAUCAGAAAAUUGAAGCAUUUAUUUAACGCUGAUAUUAUGCGGGAUGAAUACUAACUCUUGUACCAUGGUUGAACUUGGUAAAGAUACUGAAAAAUGUGAUAAAAGUGUUAAAUGCUUCACAAUGGAUGAAGCAUUUCUUAAUGAUCUUCUUGAAUGCUCCGUGUGCCUGGAACAACUGGACUGCAAUAGUAAAGUGCUACCGUGUCAACAUACUUUUUGCAAGCGAUGUCUCCAUGAGAUUCUGAAUUCGCACAAAGAGCUGCGAUGCCCAGAAUGCAGAAUUUUAGUAGAUGCAAAAAUUGAGGAACUACCUUGUAAUAUUUUAUUAGUUCGACUCUUAGAAGGCAUAAAAAAUAAUGUGCGCCCUAAGAGAGUUGGUAGUAGUUCAGAUGUUGCCCCACGAAGUGCAGAGUCAUCUUCAGGACAGCAACAAACCCCUCCACAUCCACAAUUACCACAGCCUUUAGGGAAUUUGCCUCGAACUCCAAGUGCAACAGACUUAAGAAUGGUGCCAAAACAGGUACUUCAAGCUUGCCCAUGUGCAAAAGCACUUUAUCCAUAUGAAGCCAAAGUACCUGGUGAUCUCUCAUUCAAAAAAGGCGAUGUAAUAAUUCUUCGGAAGAAAGUGGAUCAAAACUGGUUUUAUGGUGAACUUGGAGGCAAAUCAGGCUUUGUUCCUGCCAGUUUUGUACAAGUUGUUGUACCAAUUCCUACACAUGUGCCACAAUGCAAAGCUUUGUAUGAUUUUCAGAUAAGUAGCAGCGAAGAAAAGGAUUGUCUUACAUUUGGAAAGGGUGAUAUCUUAACAGUUAUUCGAAGAAUUGAUGAUCAUUGGGCAGAAGGGAAGUUACGUGAUAGGAUUGGAAUAUUCCCCAUAUCUUUUGUUGAGAUGAAUGCAGCAGCAAGAGCAGUCAUGAAGUUGUCUUCAAACAGUAUUCAGUCCUCAUCAUCCAGGAUUCUUCCUCCUCUGGCACCCUCCACAGAUUCUCAUUUUGUAACGGCUCAGACUCUUUCAACAACUAGUUCUGGGAAUGCUACACAAAGUCCCCAGUAUCAGGAAUCAGGCUCUGGUGCAAGUAUACCUCAACCUGUUUCAUCUGGAAUUAAUCCUCCUUUUUCAUCAUCAGCUUUCACAUCUCCCAUUCACAACAAUUCUUCUUUAAGUAUGCAACAAAAUACUGGAAUUGCAGCUUAUCCAGGCACCUCAUAUGAUACUCAUCAUGCUAGCAGUUCUCAUCAUAGGCAAACGCAACAGGUUACUAGUGGUGCUAAAGGUGGUUCUGAUGACCAUCAAGGUACUACUGACAAUACGCAUGAAAACUCAGUUAUUGCAAAAUCUAGAUCAACUCCAAGCCCUGGGCCUGUAUUCUCAUCUGUAGCAUCUGUGACACCUCCCUUGGUAUCACAG